AUGCAGCGCGACGUUCAGGCUGCUGCCUUGGAGAACUUCCAGGAAACCCGAGACGCCUUCGUCAAGGACCUCGAACAACUGUCCGGCGGAUACAAACACGGCAAAACAAUUCCUCAGAUCCAAGCCGACCUCUACAAGCUCAUCAACACCCUGUCAAUGUGGACCCUGAUUCGAGCGGGCACCGAGAAGGAGGGUACUUGUUUUGAAGAAAGAUGUCGAAAUCUGAUGGGCCUAAUUGACGACGUGAUCAGCAUGCUGCAGCUAGACAUCGAGAUCGUGGACCGUGUUACACGAAAACUUUUCGACAUGGCAACCAUGCAAGUCGGAAGUCUGACUCUGAACGGCUUCAGCAAUGACGACGUGAAGGCAGUUUACAACGCCAGAAUGAUCGAAGAUGAACAGUACAGGUGGGAGAGAAAAAAAUUGUGGGAAGACUGCUCUAGACAGUCCUUGCUUCGCAGUUUCUGGGCCCGAUUCUACUACAAAGGAUAUGAUUGCAUUUGUCGUCAAUGUAUGGACCACUACUUUCCUAGAAGGUCGCCCACCCCAUCUCCUCCCCUUUCCCCAUUGCCCGAAACUGACAUCGAUUCAUAUGUGACUACCUCGAGCGAAGAGGAGUGA